AUGAUGGCUAAUGAAGUUAAGAAGAAUAUUAUGGAGUUCAGUAACGCAGAUGUGCACCAACAUUCAGGAAGCGUCCUCUACUCUCCGGAGUCUGAGCUUACGAACCGACUCAUGAACGAAGUCGGAGCCAAGUUGAACCUAAAACGAUUGGACCAUCUGCCAAGUAAACAAGAGAGAGGCUACUUCCCGUUUCCAAGAGAGACGUCAAUAACAAUGCUGAAAUACUCGAGGGAUAAUAUGAGCUCGGAAGACGCCAUGGUUAUAUUUGAGAAUAUGGACUCGUACCCGUGGCCGGUCAUACUGAACUACACCAUUCGGAUGAAGACGGAUUCCAUGACGCUACUAGACCCAGAACUUGAACCGUACGACACGUACAAACGCGAGGCGCUUUUUAUGCUCAACUUGGGCACUGACGAGAAUUUUGGUAUGCAAACAUUCUUGCGCCUACAGUGGGCUAUAGACACCAGCUACCUCCAAUUGACCACUGGUGCAUAUGUUGAUCAGACACUGACGCUGCAAGAGUUCCCGUUCAGCACCGACAAUACAAACGUUUCACGGAUUAUAGUGUUUGUUAGCGCCGCGUUAUUUUUGCCUUUGGCGAUUUUUGGUUCCACGAUCAGCUUGACUCAACGGCUUUUCGAGGAAAAGAUCAGCGGGCUGCACGAACUACAGAAGAUAUCGGGUGUAUCAGCAGAAACAACAGCCCUCUCCCACGUGCUCGACAUGCUGUCCGUAGUGUUGGUGCACGUGUUGGUUUUCGUCCUGUACUUCAAGCUCGCCGGCCAUUUGGUCCACACGAGCGGCGGCUACCUCGCCUUCGCUAUAGCGCUCUACUUUUUCACCAUCAUAGCGUUUACUUUCAUCGUGUUUUACCUUCUCGAUGUCAGCUCAGAUGGUAUAACGAUGUCUAACAUGUGGUCACGUGACGGCAUGAAGAAUGUGUCAGUGGGCGAAAUCUACCUGUAUAUGGCAUUCCAAAUACUUCUAUUUUCUAUAAUCUCCUGGUACUUAUCUAAGGUGCGCCCGGCCAAGUUUGGCCAGCCUUGGCCGUGGAACUUCCCGUGUACACGAGAGUAUUGGAGUAACCAGCCACAAGUAGUGACCAUGCAAGAAGUCGAGACUGUAAAUACGAAUGACAAACAAUACUUCGAGAAGGCCCCUGAUGGCCUGCCGGUCGGCAUACAGGUCAAUAAUGUUUACAAGUUUCUCCAGUCGUUCGGUAAAGACAAGGUGCUGCACGGAGUGAACUUGGCCGUGUAUCGCGGCGAGAUCACCGUGCUGCUCGGCCACAACGGCGCCGGAAAGACUACGCUCAUCCACAUCAUCACCGGUCUCAUCCGCGCGUCGUCGGGCACCGUGCUGGUAGAGGGCAAGGACAUAAAGCAGUCGGUGGAGACCCGCAAGCUGGUCGGCCUCUGCCCGCAACAGAACAUGUUCUUCGACAAAUUAUCUGUGCUUGAACACGUCAUGUUCUUCGCUAUGCUUAAAGGGCAGUCGUACUCAGAAUCCCGCGCAUCAAGCACAGAACUACUCGGCAAACUGGAGUUGUCUGAGAAGCUGAAAGUAAGACCUGCAGCACUGUCCGGCGGCAUGAAGCGGCGCGUGCAGCUGGCGUGCGCUGUUGCUGGAGGGGCCAGGGUGCUGGUGCUGGACGAGCCGACCAGCGGGCUGGACGUGGAGACGCGCCGAGAGCUGUGCAACAUGCUCCUGAGUCUCCGUGGGGAGCACACGGUGUUGCUGACGACGCACUUCAUGGAGGAGGCGGACGCGCUGGGCGACCGCAUCGCCGCGCUGCACCACGGCCGACUGCGCUGCCACGCCACACCCAUGUUCCUCAAACGAGCCAUCGGCACUGGUCACCGUCUUACGUUCACGACGUUGGGCGCGCCGAAUGAAGCAGCAAUCACGUCAGCCAUCACCGCCGUCGUGCCGGACGCGACCGUCCGCGACCGUCGUCCGAACGGUCUGACCUACAAUUUGCCGGCGACGGACACGGCGCGUCUCCCCGAGCUCUUUACCGCGCUGGAGAGAACGCGCUCCGAACUGCAAAUCGACACCAUUGGUGUCAGUAGAAGCACUCUUGACGAGGUUUUCUUGGAGCUGUGCAGCGACGAAAAACCAACGUAUGAGGAGAAAGAACCAACUAUAGAACCGGCGCUUGAGAAGGUGACAGGAUUUAAGUUGCGUGCCCAACAGCUCUUAGCACUCUUCCAGAGGCAGUGCCACUUUUUCAAGCUUCGUAAUUUUAUCAUCGUGGUAAUCUUCAUUGGGGCACUGAUCUGCGGCUUAAACUUCGCAACCAACAAUCGAAGCGACAAGGAAAGGAAGCCAGACAAUGGCGCUAAAGGGUUGAGCCUGGAUCUGUACGCCGGGCGGCCUCAGCGUCACAUACUCGUCAAAGCGGAUGAAAGCACCCUGCAGGCUCUGAGAACGGGCUUCGAAGGAGUGGAGUUUGAGAAGGUGCCCAAUAUUACUAAUGCCGUGUUACGCACCGGUCGGGAGAACAUGCAAGAGUAUAAAAAAUAUCUAGUGGAGAUUGAACUUAACGAUACCACAGCCAAGGCGCUCUACUCGCCAUCGCUGCGCCACGCGGCGCCCGUAGCGCUGAACGCGCUGAGCAACGCGCUAGCCGCACGCUUGUCGAGAUUCGACCCGCUUCGAUCGACGGGCGCGCGCACGAUCCACGUGCGCAACCAUCCUCUGCUCGGCGCCUACGUGCCCUACGACGAAGCUAAACUGCUGCAGCCUAAGACCAACGAGAGUAUAAUGAUGUGGAGCUGUUACACGGCUAUGAUCUUUUGCUGUGUCCUGGUCUGGUUUUCCCGACUGCCGUCCAUUGAGCGCGCGACAGGCACGCGGCACGCCUAUAUAAUGACGGGCACGCCGCGAUGGAUACACUGGGCCGCCUUGUACGCGGGACAUGUCAGCUUUACACUGAUCAUUGUGCUAUUCAUCGUCCUGUUCACUUUUGUGAUGGACAAGGAUCACACGUUCCGCCAGCUCGGGUUCUUAGUUUCGCUGUUUGUGGUGCUGAUGCUGGGUUUGUUGGCGACCCUGGGGCUGGUGUACUUCGCCAGCACGCUGUUCAGCAUAUCGGCCACCACAACCUUGCUCUUCAUACUCGUCGUAAUCAGCACUUUGAUAACUUCUGCUGUGAAGGAGUCCGCAAAGAUUCAUAAGAUUAUGUACAUUCCCUACGCUCUGUUCCCGCCGCACGCGCUAACGGUCGGGCUGAUUAAGACGGCGACCGUGGCGCAAGUGAACAGCCACUGCAACUUGAACAGAGGCAAUUGCCCCGAGCUGGCCGGGCCCGGCGUGUUUAAAGCGGAAAAAUGCUGCGGGUCAUCUCCGGGUUCGGAGCCAUGGAGCUAUUGGUCAAUUGGCAACGCAGCCGGCACCCCGAUACUCUUCCUCCUCAUCCAAGCAGUCGCGUACUUCAUGCUGACAUACCUUUCGGAUAACGGCACGCUGGGGCGACUGAUGUCUUCGGCACCUGCUCCGCAGAAGCUACGCUUUGAGGACGCCGCGGUUCAGGCUGAAGCCACCUACGUCGAGAAUACGAUCAAGCUGCCUAAUAAUCAUAUACCAGACGCUGUCUUGGGCUACAAAGUUCGGAAGAGCUACUCAGGGUGCUUAAAGAAAACAUAUCACGCCGUCAAGGGUGUCAGCUUUUCUGUCAAGAAAGGAGAGUGCUUCGGCCUGCUUGGAGUGAACGGGGCCGGCAAAACCACGACGUUCAAGCUGCUGACGCGCGAGACAGCACCUACGGGAGGCGAAAUCUUCGCCAACGGGUACCGUUCUACUGAGCGCAGCAAAUACAUGCCCACGUUAAGUUACUGCCCGCAAUACGACGGGGUGGAUGACUUCCUGACGGGUCGUCAGAAUUUGACCCUGCUGCUGAAACUACGUGGUCUGAAAGCUGCCGACGCGGCUGCCAUGGCCACUUCCUGGAUCAAAGAAGUCGACCUACUUGAGCACGCAGACAAACCUGUGUCCUCGUACAGCGGCGGCAUGAAGCGGCGGCUGACGGCGGCGGCGGCGUUCUGCCAGGGUGCGGAGACCGCCAUACUCGACGAGCCCACAGCCGGCGUGGACCCGGUCGCGCGCCGUCAUAUGCAUCAGGCGCUCUUGCGCGUCAGGAGGCAGAGAUCUAUCAUUAUCGCCUCGCACAGCAUGGACGAGAUGGAGGCGCUGUGCCACCGCAUCGCCAUCAUGUCUGGCGGCGAGCUGCGCGCGCUGGGCUCGGCCGCCGCGCUCAAGAUACAACAUGCUCAGGGCUACACCGUCGUCUUCAAACUGGCCUCCGAGAAGGUUAAUGCUGACGUCCUGGCGGAGUUUAAGGAACGGCUGCAUGGCCGCUUGGACUGCGAACUCAAGGAUCAACACCGGAACAUGCUGAUCUACCACGUAAAAACCUCGCUCAGCUACAGCACGCUGUUCACUCUAUUAGAAGAGCAGCGAGCUCAGUUCCCUGAACUGCUGGAAGACUACACCGUCACAGACACCACCCUUGAGGAGGUUUUCCUCGCGCUGGCCAGAGAGGCUAAAGAGGCCCAGCAACCUCCGCCCUCUGUCUAAAAUGCAUCAAGC